UGUGGCAGUCGCUGCACCUCAGAGCUCGCCUCACACAGCAGCCUACACACACUUCUAUAUGACAAGCGCUCACACUUCUCCGUAAGCCCCCCCGCGAUGCAACACUUUGGAUGAUUCCCUCAGAAGUAACGAACGGCACCGGAAUGAACCAUAAUGGGGGUCCAGGGGAGCCCCCUAUUUCUCCCAACCUAGGCAGCGGUCGGAAGCGACUGAGCGUGGGGGAGCUGCGACUGUACUUCGAAGCUCGCUGCACGGCGGAGCCGGACGGGCUGAGGGAGCCCAGGCGCAGGAGAAGGAUGGGCAGCGGGAGCUGGCACGGGAGCAACGGGGAGGUUUCCGAAGAGCCGAGGAGAGGGAGCUGGGAAGCCUCGCGGAGGAAGCACGUUAUCCCGCAGCUGCUGGUGACCACGAGCGAGGAGCCGCAGCCGCCCCCCAGCCCAGCGGCGGUGCUGAUAGGCGGCUGGGACGGGAUGAGGACAGAAGGCUUGUUAAAGCUAGCCAGCCGCCGGCUCUCCGUGUCCAGCACGUCCCUGUCCUCCACCGGCUCCUCGUCCGCUCUGGAGGACUCCGAGGAUGACCUGCUGAGCGACUCCGAGAGCAAGAGCCAAGGCAAUGUGGACCUGGAGCACAGCGAGGAGCAGAACCUGAACAAAUCUUGGCAGAAAAUCAGAACGAUUGUGAACAUUCCUGUUAUUAGCCCUUUCAAGAGACGUUGGGUGCAGCUUGCUGGCCACACAGGAAGCUUCAAAGCCGCUGCCGGGGGGACGAUUUUAAAACGUUACUCUGAGAAUGAGAAGAAUUGCUUUGAGCUGCUGAUGAAGGACCCUCUUGCUGCCUGUGUUCCCACUUUCCACGGGGUGACAGAAAGAGACGGGGAAAGUUAUAUCCAGCUGGACGACCUUCUAAACAACUUUGAUGAGCCUUGUGUUAUGGACUGUAAGAUGGGGGUCAGAACGUAUUUGGAAGAGGAGUUGACGAAGGCUCGUGGUAAGCCCAAACUAAGGAAGGACAUGUAUAAGAAGAUGAUUGAGGUGGAUCCUCAUGCGCCUACAGAGGAGGAGAGCGCUCAGCAAGGAGUCACCAAACCCCGAUACAUGCAGUGGAGAGAGACUAUUAGCUCAACAUCCACCUUGGGGUUUAGGAUUGAGGGUAUUAAGAAAGGUGAUGGGACAUGCAACAUGAGCUUCAAGACGACAAAGACUCGGGACCAAGUCCACAAAGCCUUCCUUGGAUUUAUUGAUGGAAACAUGAUAAUCUUGAAGAAGUAUCUGACUAGACUGCAGGAAAUUAGAGCUGUUGUGGAGUCCUCAGAGUUCUUCAGACAUCAUGAGGUAAUUGGAAGCUCCUUGCUGUUUGUACAUGACAAGAAAAGCAAGUGUAACAUAUGGCUUAUAGAUUUUGGAAAAACGACGCCACUACCAGAGGGACAGAUUCUCGACCACCAUAUACCCUGGGAAGAGGGGAACCGGGAAGACGGUUAUCUUUAUGGAUUUGACAAUCUAAUUGAAAUCUUAUCCAGCAUUGCCUCUUGAUAAGGAUUCCUCAGCGAGUCCCCCCGACCACUACAUUAGGACUGUCCAUUUAUUGCUGUUUACUAUUCGAGGUGGAUUUUUAUCUCCUGGUGUUGGAACUGAAGACGCUUUUUAACUAAGGAAUCGCAAUGCUUGUAAUAUGCAGCCUCUCCAUACGGUUUGGUGCGGAUGUAUUUAUGCCUAUUUUUUAACCCUUGACUUGUGGGUAUUCUCUACAGUAAUCUGUGAUGAUCUUCAAACCUUACUUUCUUUGAUGAAGCCUUCCUGUACUCCACAACACUGAAUCGGCAGCGAUCUCAUCCGAGACUUUCCAAAAUAUGCCACAAGAUAUGGCAUCCUGACCUUGUACUGGAGCCUGUGUAUGGACCCAUGUAUGUCAUGGACCCUGUGGGCCUGUCAAUUACACUAAUGAUUUUGUAGGGAUCACCAUAUGGCUCUCAGUAGGCAUAUUUAUAACAUAUCACAAGUUAUUGGAAGCUCAGAAUAUAAUAUUUCAUAAUGAUUUUGAAAUUUGAAGGUUGACGUACCUGAGAGAUGCGUCUCGUGCCCAUUCAGAAUGGUUUCUGGUGGCAAGUUUCAUUCGGAUUUGCUAAUCUAACGUGCAUGGACAUCCGUAGACCUCCCCAGCAGUACAGAGUCACUUGUGCUGGAUUUUUUGGUCAGACUUUUAUCUGGCAACUAUUUAAGAUCAGUGGUCAGCUUUAAGAUUCACUUUAAAAGAGUUUUCCGAGACUUUGCUACUGAUGACCUAUCAGUUGUUUGAGAAGGCACCGGCGCUCGCGGUAGCACCACGCCCAUCUCUUAGUGCACCGAGCACAGCGCCGUCCAUUUGAUAACAGCUGUGCUUGUUAUCGCAGCUCAGUUCAAUGGGCCACAUAGGUCACGUGACCGAUGAACGUGACGUCACUGGCGUAGACUAAACUACAGAGAAGGCCGCG